AUUGAAUAUUGAUGCUGCUUAUGGAGGCACAAAAGCUUUGUAAGGAAUGUACGUUUGUUAGUGUUGAUAGGUUUUGCAAUAAUAGCAGAAACAAAAAAUUUGAGCAUCUGUUUCUGAAGCAACUGAAUGUUUGUUCUUUUAUUCCAAAGCGAAUCUACCGUUUAGUGCCUCAGCACUGGCAGGUUAUUUCUAAAACGUCAGCGAAUAUGAACAAACCUUGUACAGGUACGAAUAAUAAUGCUUUUGAGUCAAAGGAGUCGUUUUAUAGAGCAGACUUUCGCAAACAAGGAACUCCUGAAAGAACACCCAAGCAUGAGAUGGACACCCGCGUUAGUUUGGCUACUACCCUUGAGAAGGAAGGAAAAUAUGACGAAGCCAUCAGACUACUGCGUUGCGUUGUAACAGAGAAGCCUAGAAGUGGUGCAAUUUGGAUGAAAUUAGCUCUUGUUUUGUCUAGAAAGAAGCACCAGUUGGACGAGGCUUCUAAAGUUUUUCAAGAGUCUCUACAACACAAUCCUGACAAUGCCUUGUUAUGGCAAGGCUGGGCAGACUUGGAAAAGUUUCGCAAGCGAUAUAGUGAAGCAAGAGAACUUUUUCAAAGAGCUCUUAAAGCCAAUCCUAACAUGGCUUCUGCAUACCACUCUUGGGGAGCUAUGGAGUACAGUCUUGGCAACGUGGAAACUGCAUUAGGCCUGUUAUUGCAAGGUUUAGAAAGAAAUCCUGAAAAUCGAUAUCUCUUGCACGCUUUAGGAGUAUUAUAUGAUAAGCAAGGAAACGCUGAAGAGGCACGUAAAGUUCUGUUACUUGGGAAAGAGAAAUAUCCGGAUAAUGCACAGUUUUGUCACGCUUUGGGUGUUUUAGAGUUUAAAGCAGGUAACUCUGAACUAUCUCGAAAAUAUUUGUCCAUGGCAGUUGAGUUAGACGCGAGACAUACUUUAAGCUGGUUAAGUUUAGGACAACUUGAAGAGCAUGAAGGCAAUAUAGAUAGAGCAAGAGAAUGUUAUCACAUGGGAACGAAGAUUGAUCCUUUUGCUGCAGUUCAGUUGUGGCAAACUUGGGCUCGUUUGGAAGAAAAUGAUCAUCAGAUUGACAAGGCACUUUCGAUAUAUGAAGCAGCAACCAAAUAUCAUCCAUAUGAUGGGGAGUUGUGGUGUGCCUGGGGAAGACUUCUUUCAAGUCAAAGUCAUUUUGAUUUGGCUCGUGAUAAGUUUCAACAAGGUAUUAUUCUUCAACCUAAUGUAUCCUAUGCCUAUCAAUGUUGGGCACAACUUGAAGCAUAUCAAGGACAUAUAGAAGAGGCACGUCGUCUCUACAUGUUGGGAGCCAAAGAAAGCAAAGGAAAUGAACAUUAUACUGCUCUACUUCAUUCAUGGGCACUGUUUGAAUGGAAACAGGGUUAUAAAGAUAGAGCACGCAAGUUGCUUACCUUUGCUAUUGAUUUAGAAGAUCAUCAUGGUUGGUUAUGGCGAAGCUUUGCAAAGUUAGAAGCGGAAUGUGGAGAUUUGGAUAGUGCUAGACAUUAUUUCUCGAGAGCAAUCAAUGCCAAGCCUUUUGAAUCGUGUACUUGGAAGGACUGGGCACAAGUGGAGGAAAUGUUUGGUUAUCUCGAUAGAGCAGCUAUAUACUGGAAACGAAGUCAAGAACUGGCAAGUGUUGAGAAGAUAACGGGCGUAGAUCCUGAAAGACCUCUUGCACGAAAAUUAGAAAGGAACUUGGGUUAAAGUUGUAUAUUGAAAGAUUGUUUGUUGUUUAUAAGAAAGAAGAAUGAAACGCUUGAACGUUGAAUGAAAUAAAAAACCCCUCA